GAUGACUGUGUAUGCAUGUGACUCUAGCUGCAUUUACAAGCAUGCUUUCUUGGACCCAUGGCCAGUUGAUUCCGUUGGCAUUCAUUUCCAGUUUGCGUGACCUUUUCUAAAGAUUCCAGUUCCAGCCAGAGAGCUCCCACCAUGACCCCGGGAAAGGAUCGGGAAGCAUUAUAUGAAGAUGCUUCUGGGGAGGGUGUUACUACAGUUUACAGCGAUACCGCACCACCGCAGGUUUCAGACUCUACAGAUGAAUUCACUACCUACUUUGAUCAGAAAAUCCCGAUCCCCGAAGAUGAAAAGCAUCCCUGGUUCAGUUUUCGAAAACUCUGGGCUUUCACUGGGCCAGGCUUUCUCAUGAGUAUCGCCUACCUGGAUCCUGGCAACAUUGAAUCAGAUCUACAGUCUGGGGCUAUUGCAGGAUUUAAGCUGCUCUGGGUUCUCCUCCUGGCCACUGUCAUCGGUCUGCUGUUGCAGCGUUUGGCGGCUAGACUUGGAGUGGUAACGGGACUUCAUUUGGCGGAAGUAUGCAACCGGCAGUAUCCCAAGGUCCCACGGAUUAUCUUGUGGCUGAUGGUGGAGCUGGCUAUCAUCGGGUCCGAUAUGCAAGAAGUCAUUGGCUCAGCAAUUGCCAUUCACCUCCUGUCUGUUGGGAAGGUCCCUUUGUGGUGCGGGGGGUCCCUCAUGUAAAACUACUGCCUAUUAACCUUCUUCAUGUUUCUCUUCCUGGACAAAUAUGGUUUGAGGAAGCUGGAGGCAUUUUUUGCCUUUCUAAUUACUGUCAUGGCUGUUAUGUUUGGAUAUGAGUAUGGUACAGUAAAACCAAACCAGGCCCAGCUGCUGAAAGGGAUGUUUGUGCCGUACUGCGAUAAAUGUGGCCCUGCUCAGCUGGAACAAGCUGUGGGGAUCGUGGGGGCUGUCAUCAUGCCACACAACAUGUACCUGCAUUCUGCUUUGGUUAAGUCUCGGCAGGUCAACCGGUCGAACAAGAAAGAGGUCAGCGAGGCCAACAAAUAUUUCUUCAUAGAGUCCUGCAUCGCCCUCUUCAUCUCCUUCAUCAUCAAUGUCUUUGUUGUCUCCGUCUUUGCACAAGCUUUCUAUGGCCAAACCAAUGAGGAAGUGCACAACGUGUGUGCAAAUAGCAGUAUUGCACAUGCCGGCCUGUUUCCAUUGAACAAUGAAACCCUGGAUGUGGAUAUCUAUAAAGGGGGUGUCGUUCUCGGAUGCUAUUUUGGUCCUGCCGCUCUCUACAUUUGGGCGAUCGGGAUUCUUGCUGCAGGUCAGAGCUCAACAAUGACCGGGACCUAUUCUGGACAGUUUGUCAUGGAGGGGUUCCUGAAUCUGAAGUGGUCGCGUUUUGCUCGAGUUGUUCUGACCCGCUCGAUUGCCAUCACGCCAACCCUCCUGGUUGCCAUUUUCCAAGAUGUGGAACAUCUGACGGGCAUGAAUGACUUCCUCAACGUUGUGAUGAGUUUACAGUUGAAGUCCAUUGCUCAUCCGAAGACAUUUCUUACACCUGAAGAUAAAAAGGCGAAAAAGCUUGACCAUUUAAGCCCUGUGGGGGAGGGGGGAGAAGUGGGCGGGGAGACAAUUUUGGACAAGCAAGAACAAUGA